UUGGAUAUCGCACUUUCCCUCCCUUCCCCACUACGAUAUGGCUGACACCAAGAUGGCACCGCCCUUCUCUCUGCUGCUGCUCCUAUCUCUCUGCAGCUGUGCCAUGCUGGAUGAAGCUCCCCCACCUCCCCCUGACCCCCCCACAGACAGCCCUGAUUGUCAUGAAGCCUUCUCACUGGAGUCCAACCAGAGGUCACUGGAGGCGUCCCUCACCAAGCUGGGACAGAGGCUACUGCAGCACCUCAAGCCCAGUCCAGACGAGCCCAACAUCCUCAUCUCACCCCUCAGCAUCGCACUCGCACUCUCGCAACUAGCUCUGGGGGCAGGGAGUGAGACCCAGGCUCAGCUGCUGGAUGCCCUCCAUGCCCAAGACCUGCCCUGCUACCACCAACUCCUCAGCGGCCUGCAGAGACACCUCAACGCCAUGGACAUACCCAUCGCCUCACGACUAUACCUCCGCCCAGGCUUUGAGGUCAAGAAGGAGUUUGUGAGGAAAUCGUUACACUGGUACAGGUCUGAACCCGCCCCUCUGGCCACAGUGGACGAGGUCAACCAAUGGGUAGAGGAGGUCACCAAGGGGCACAUGACCAACUUCCUGCAAGAGAUACCUCCUGCUGCCGUCUUACUGCUCCUCAAUGCACUCCAUUUUAAAGGGGACUGGGAAUCUCGCUUUGACAGAGAGCUGACUAGCAAAGACCGUUUCUAUGUCAACAGCACCACACCGGUGGAAGUGGUCAUGAUGCAGGCUAGCAAGUAUCCCCUCAGCAUGCUAGAGGACAACAAGCUUGGUGCACAGGUUGCUCGAUUCAGAUUCCAGAAUAACACCAGUUUCCUGGUCCUGAUGCCGAUGGGGACGGGGCAGGAGAACCUGUCCACAAUGGUGGCCAAGCUGAACAUUUCCGACCUCUACGCUCGACUGCCCAGUCCCAGGGAAAUGCAUGUCAAACUGCCCAAGUUCAAGUUGGAGUACAAGCAGGAAUUGGAGAAGCCACUGACCAGCAUCGGUCUGGGGUCUCUGUUCUCCUCUCCGGACCUGUCUGGCAUCACGGAGGGCCCUCUGCUGGUAUCCAGCGUACAACACGCUUCCGCCAUCACGCUCAGAGAGGAAGGGGCAGAGGCCUCGGCCUCCACUGCCGUCGUGAUGACGCGCAUCGUGCAGAUGUUCACCGUCAACCAGCCGUUCCUCUUUGCCCUGACGGACGAUACCACUCACGUGCCACUCUUCCUGGGGGUGAUUACAAACCCCAACCCUCACAGUCCGGUGGUGCAGUGAUGUGAUAGCCGAGGCAGCCAAGUCCAAUCUCACGUACAUCCAAUUUCUUUUUAUUGGGUGCAGGCUCAAAACGUAAAGUUCAUGUAAGGUAAUGAAAGAACCGCACACCCAUGAGCUCCCAUUUACUCCAUCUAUCUUUAUUUUCGUGACAUUUCGGGCCACCGCGGCCCUUCCUCAGACCCUCAGAGUCUCAGGCCCGACGCGUCAAGACAAUAAAGAUGGAGUAAAAAGGAUGACACCCGAGGCAGCCAUAGGCCAUAGUGGGAACAUGACACGGGGAAAUACAGAACGUCUCAAAAAACACUUUACAUCAUUGUUAAGUAGAUGUUUAUGAAGACCUUUACAGCAUUUAUUUAAAUUGCAUUGUCAUUAAAUUUGAACAUAUUCAUAUAUUUUUUGGGACCCCCUGUAUCAACAGACAGGACAUACUGCCCCCCCCCAGCUAUUCCACUGCCCCUCCCCCCAGUAAGCAGAAAGGCUCGUGUUGUACAGUCCAUGUCGGAGGUAUACAGACUACACUAUAAUUUCUUUAGAUGCAUUUUAUAAUGUCAAAAAAUGUGUUGAAUUGCCUUGUUUGUUUUACGUUGAUUUUGCUUUGUUGUCACAUUAAAAGAUUUAUAUUGAAAAUGGCAAUGAACAGUAAUUUGUAGGACAUUGACAG